AUUAAAAUCACCUUAGUUUUCAUCAUAGUUUUAUAUAGCGUUUAGGAAUAAACGCUGUAAAUCAAGUGCUAUCAAUUAAAGUGGUUAUAUAUAAUAAAUAAAUAAUAAAAAAAAAGUAUUCCUAUUUCUUAGCCUAAUUUCCCACCAAACUACUAGUAUUAGAAUACUAGUCUACUACUCACAAUUACCCACGACUUCACUGCUCCCUCCACUUCACAAAUUUUUUUAUUUUUUUUUUGUUUUGCCACUAGAAACUUCAGCCUUCAAUCCCAAUUUCCCCAAAUUGAGUUCCCUUCAAUCCAAAUCCAAAUCCCAGUUUCCCUAAAUUAAUUAAGGAGUUCCCUUCAGUCCAAUAAAUUGUUAAGCAAUUCCUCUUCUCCGGCAAAUUGUGGGUAGUUGAGCAAUUCUUCUAUUUCUGCAAAUUGAGCACUUCAUUGUCCUCUCUACUGGUGUUUGCGGACUUCGUUGAUUGAAAUUAUCAAUUGGAAUAAUUGCAUGCCAAUUAGCUUUAUCAGAUCCGAGUUAUAGAGUGGUAGCUACUGGAAAGGUGCACAAUGUUAUCAACGGUUCUGUGGUACAUAAUAAAUCAUUACCAUCGGGUUACAUGUGAGUUGCAAUAGAUUAUACAACUGAGGAGCAUACACCUUUGCCCGUCCCUCUCGAUGAUGGUGAAGCAUUCGUCCUUAAAGAUGCCAUAAACACAAUCGUAUUGUGGCCCACACAUCUCAUUAUUACAGAUGUUCCGUGUUCACAGGGUCAUAAAAGUUCUUCAGAUCCCAAAGCUAAGAAGACCAAAGCUUCUCCAUUGAAUACCAUAUUAAGAAAUGAUGAACCUUCUCAUGCAUCAUCUGAAUAUCAACCACAAAAGUUGGAUGAUAAUAUUGAAACAAUCCCAUUCCCAGACACCCUUCCGGCUGAUCUUCAAAUAAUGCACAAGUACACUUUGAAGAUGGCUCAGAAAGAACAAAUUCACAUCCUUAUUGACAUGGGAAUUCCUGGUCAAAAUAAUGAGAUCUUCAUAGGCCGUGAAGAAAUUUUUCAAUUUCUUGCCCAAGCAAAAAUUGGUGUCUGUCAUAUCGUAAUUUACAUGUCGUUAUUACAUCGUCGUUGCCAAAUGCUUGGUUUAGUGGGUUUAUUUGGCUUUUUAUGUCCAAGUGGGAUAUCUCCCGUAGCACAAUUUAAGAAGGGAGAGAUAAAGAAAGUUGAAGAGGAUCAAAGAGCUUGUUCUGAAUACAUCAAGAAUACAUUAUUUAAAGUUGAGGCAACUAAAGGAAGGGUCUUCCUAGCACCGUAUAAUGUUGGGAUUCAUUGGGUGUUGUGUGUUAUUGAUCCGUAUAAUGACAUCGUAUAUUUUCUGGAUCCUCUACACAAUGAAAAUAACAAAGGCACAGGAAAUGGAAUUGGAGAUGAUUUGCGUUCAAUUGUCGACAGAGCACUCUUUGGUUUUCGAAGUGAAAAAGGAUUGUUAAAGAAGAUUAAAAUGAGCACCAAGUGGGUGCAGAUACAAUGCCCACGACAAAAUAAUGGCGUUGAUUGUGGAUAUUACGUUAUGAGAUUUAUGAAAGAGAUCAUUGACCAUAAGCAAACCUAAAUUUUUGAAGAUUACUUUCAUGAUUGCAAUGUCUCAAGGUAUGAUCAAGAACAAAUUGAUGAAAUCCGAACUCAAUGGGCACGUCAUGUUCUUCUCAUGUGAAUAUGUGGUUGAUUCACCAUGUAUUUUAAUUUGUAAUAGGCCACAAAUUUUUAAUUUAAGAAUUUUGUAGUGACUUAAUUAGGGUAUGUAUAUAUUUGAAUUGACAUAUAUUGUAUUGUAAUUUUUUCCCUUUCUUGGAGAGUGUUACCAAAAAUGACUAUUAAUAUUAUUUGUAUUUUAUGAGACCUUAAGACAUUUAUUUCAUUUGGAAAACUAAAUUUAGUUCUGUUCUA